AUGGGGCACUGCUUCAGCAAACCCCGCAGCAACGAAAUAACAAUCAACUAUGAUUCACCACCACGGCCUCGAAGAACCCAACAACAACAGCAACAUCGUCCUCCACCUCGUUACCCCUACCCUACUCCAAACUCAGACCCUUCUCUUUCCAGCGCUCCUUCAUCAUCAUUCGGUGAUCAAUCACGAAUACUGGACAAACCAUUCUUCGACAUCAAAGCGCUUUACACGCUGGAGAGGGAACUGGGGAGGGGUCAAUUCGGGAUCACUCGUCUUUGCACCGAGAAGACCACGGGAAGGCAAUACGCCUGCAAGUCCAUUCCAAAGCGGAAGCUGAUAAAAAAGAAGCAAAUUGCUGAUGUGAAGAGGGAAAUUUUGAUCCUGCAGCACCUCUCGGGACAACCCAACAUCGUCGAGUUCAAGGGUGCUUAUGAGGAUUGGCAGAAUGUGCAUUUGGUGAUGGAGUUGUGUUUGGGUGGCGAGCUUUUCGAUCGCAUCACUGCAAAGGGUAGUUACUCCGAGAGUGAAGCUGCUUCCAUAUUCAGACAAAUCGUGAAUGUGGUUCAUGCAUGUCAUUUUAUGGGGGUCAUGCAUAGAGACCUCAAGCCAGAAAAUUUCUUGCUUGCUAAUAGGGAUCCUAAGGCACCGUUGAAAGCCACAGAUUUUGGAUUGUCCGUCUUCAUUGAAGAAGGUCAUGCGUUCGUUAUUUCUCUUCAAUCUGCACGCUUUUCCAUUCAUUGA